CGUUUUAUUUCAGGCUCAGUGCAGCUCAGCUCAAACCGGUUUUGGUUUGUGGUGCAUUCAUCACCAAUUGGGCAAAAGCAGUCGUUAAAGUACAUUUAGGCCGUUUUUCUUCAUAGUUACAGAAUAGUGACGCGAAUAUGAGCGACACCGAGAAAGAAUUCAGAGAGAAGGUGAGUUGUGUUUGAUUAUAACAAAAUACCUUUGCUGAAAAAGACGCAGCGCUAGCUAGCAUUAGCUUGUUAGAUAUGUUGUGUUGCUGUGGCUUUGGCAACGUACGUUUUCAAACCUAGGAGAGCCAUCAUUAAAUUGUCAUUAAACUAAUUAUGUAAUUAUAUGUAUUUUGAAUAACACAUUGUAAAGACGUUGAAUUUGAAUGCUUAGUGUCUAUAUUUAUCAAGCAGCGUGCCCCAGUCCAAAGACUAGGCCGCGGCAUGGCCUUGCUUUUAUUCAAGCGCCAUUGAGUGAUUGCCUUCGCUUACAGCUAGCUUAGAUGUAGAACUGUAUUCAUCAUGUUAAUGUUGUCAUUAUCUAAGUUUUUGAUUCUAUGAUGUUAGAAUAUUAUUACGAAGACAUAUUGGGGCCACACUGUAAAGUAAAUGGCAAAUAAGUUUACAAGACUAAUUGUGUUGUGUUUAAUCUAGGAUUUUUUUUUUACAUUUACUCAUUUAAAGUCAUUUAAUUGCACAAUAUUUCAUCAUAAAGUUACAACUGUUUUGAUAUUUCAACAAGGACGUUGCUUUGACUUGAAUCUCGUAAUUAUAUGACUUCAUUCUUCAUUUUGUUAUUUUUCCAAAUCUUUCAGUGUGGCCUUAAAUGGGAACUGCACAAUUUUUUUUUUACAUUUUGUCCAUCAUUCACAAUCCUUAUGUGAAACACGAACACAUUUCUCCAUUCUGUGCAUUUUAACCCGAGAAAACAAGUUAAUAUGAACUAGCUGAAAUUGCACGUCAUUGGACCCACCUAUUUCGACUAUGAAUGCCUUUAAAGAAGAUACCUAACAUUGAAUCAUUUGAUAUACAUGCUGUGAUCAUGCAUUAACACACAGGGCUGAGUGAUAGCUCAUAUUAACUUUAUUAUUUAUAUUAACUUGUUUUCCCUUGUGAGAAUGCACAGAAAAGGGAAAGAAAUAUAUGUUCAUGUUUCAAAUAAGGAUUGUGAAUGAUGGGUAAAAUUUCAAAAGAAGCGCAGUUCCCUUUAAACAGGUAGUUUGGAUUUUUUUUUUACAUGAAGUUAUGACAUCCACAUCAGCUGUGUAGUUCAUCAACAGUGACUUAUCUCCCUCUCUCCCACGCCCACACUACGUCCCAUCCGCUGAGUGUUGGUUAGUUGGUUGCUUCACUGAAGAGUUUGGCUUCUCAAAACAAUAUGCGUUCAAAAGAGUAAAUACAUUUGAAUCACAAAAAUGCCUCCUCGAAAAAAAAUCGGACCUUGCAAUCAUUCAGUGUUACUACAGUCCUGUUGCACGUCCAUUUGUGUGUGUGUGUGUGUGUGUGUGUGUGUUCCAUGGUGGCUCUCUCGCAUCACAUCCGUGCAAGUAAACACAAUGGAACACAUACAGAAGAUUGAAUGGGCAGUGAUAUGUUGGCAAAGUAACGCAGAGUGAUUGUGAUGUCUGAUCUUUUUUUUAAGGAGGCAUUUUUGUGACACAAACGUUAGCACUUUUGAAAGCAUAUUGUUCUGAGAGUUUAGUGAAGUGGCACCACCAACUAACGGGAACUACGUUCCUCAUCACCAAAAUCUAACCAAAAACUGGCUCACAGGACAAAAUGGGGGUUGAUUAUGUCUUAUACCUUUGCACUACACUGCUGAUGGGGAUGUCCAACAACUUCAUGUUAAAAAAUCAGAACUAUCCCUUUCGUACUUCUUAAUACAUGCCUGUUAUUUAGCACUGCUGUUUUUCUUUGUGCCUCUUGGUGUUCAUGCAACAAACAACAACUUGCCUUAUCACCCUUGUUUGUUCUUUGUUAAGGUUGAGGUUGGAAGAAAAGAAAAAGGCGAAGACGUUUCAGAUGCGAAGUUGUUAUUGUUUGAAGCCGAUGAUGCUGUUGAUGCAUGCUAAUGUAUUGAAGCGGAAAAAGAAGAUCUGCCCCUCGACUAGUGUUGUAAUGGCAGAUGCUAAAUUGGGGAAGAGGAUCAAAAAAGAAGUCAUAAGAAUGUCAAAGAGAAGAAAGAAGAAAUGAAGGGUUGUUUUGAAGUAAUGAAGUAAAAGAAGUAAUGAAGUUAUGAUCAGAAGUUUGGCCGGGAGUCACAACCUGGCUCGGGGAGUUCCUCCCCUCGACGAUCCGUGAAAUCGGCCAGCCGCUCGCCGGCACACUCGAAGGAAGGUUCCCGCCAUUCCAGGUCGAGGUCUCGUUCGCAAUCUAGGUCCAAAUCCAAGUCUCGGUCCCGUUCCCAUCGAAGCUCACGCAGGAACUACUCUCGCUCCCGUUCCCGCUCUCAUCGCCGUCGCUCCAGAAGCCGCUCUGGCAGUGGUGACUCCCGCCGCCGCAGGAGCCACAGCCGCUCUCCCAUGUCGAACCGCCGCAGACACAUCGGCAACAGGGCCAACCCAGACCCCAACACAUGUCUGGGUGUGUUUGGGCUGAGUUUGUACACCACCGAGAGGGAUCUGAGGGAGGUGUUCUCCAAGUACGGCCCGCUGGCUGACGUCAACAUCGUGUAUGACCAGCAGUCUCGGCGCUCCAGGGGCUUUGCUUUUGUCUACUUUGAGAACUACGAGGACUCUAAAGAGGCCAAGGAGCACGCUAAUGGGAUGGAGCUGGACGGCCGUCGGAUCCGGGUGGAUUUCUCCAUUACCAAACGAGCACACACCCCUACCCCUGGCAUCUAUAUGGGACGACCCACAUAUGGUGGUGGCGGCAGCUCAUCACGGCGCAUGUCUAGGGAUUACGACAGAGGAUACGACCGAGGCUAUGACCGAGGUUAUGAUCGGGACUAUGAUCGCUACGACGACCGAGAGUACAGAUCAUACAGACGGAGAUCUCCAUCACCUUACUACAGCAGAGGGUACCGCUCUCGAUCCAGAUCACGGUCCUACUCCCCACGUCACUACUGAGCAGCGAGUCAUCUGUUUUAUGUUUGUUUUGUCCACAUAAUGGCAAACCCACACUUGAGAACAGACCUCCUUCGACGUCUCCAUCCCAGCAAAACUUGAUUAGUGGUGGAAAAGUUACCCAAGUUGUAGAAGUGCAAGAGAAUACAAACAAAUGAUUUUUUUUUGUUCACUGUUCCGAGCCCUGAUAGUUCACGUUGGUUUUCUGUGAAACCUUGAAUGGGAAGUUGAAACAAAACCCCAAUGUAACGUGUUCAUGCUGUUUUAAAAUUGUUUUUUUCUAGUGUGAAAUUGGCUUUGAAGUAUGGAUGUUUUUUAUAUGUAAGCAGGUUUGUCUGUGACAUUUCCAGCUUUAUGCAGCUGCAUUUCUUAUUUUGGUCUCCCUGAUGACAAUAUAUUUUUUCUGAUUUAUGUUCUCAAAUUACUCUAUCAGUGCCGCAGCGAUUGUACCAUGAAGUCUCUCUUCGAAAAUAAACAUGUUUUUCCUCUCUAAAUCAAAAACAUGGUCACAGUUUAUGGAAUAAAUCCUGAAUAAAGGUGUUAAAUGUGGAGGUUUACUGCUAUGUUUUUUCACAGAGUUCUCGAUGUUUAUGAAUAAAAAGUAAAAUCUUGCCAUUUGCUUGCAUCCCUUCUGCAUUUUAGUCAAUUGAGUUCGCUGCACUUGAUCUGAUUUGUAUGUCACAUUUUGUUGUUUGAUUUCCCAAUAAAAGCUGAAAGCAU